AGGACUCCCCGUCCUGCUGCGAGCUGUGCACUCCAACGCGCCUUAGAGCCCGCAGCGCUGGGUGCCCGCCCCCUUCGCUGACCACGUGACCCGAGUUCGGUAACCCCUGACCUCCUGCACCUCACCCCACCACCACAGGAUCUAGGAUGAGUGCAGCUGGUUGGGAGGAUGAGCAGGACCGAGGCCGGUAGAGCCCGCCGCUCCUGAUGACUAAGAGCAAGAGUCCCUGCCCCCUACUUGGUGCUCGGGGGAUGACCUUGGACAAGUCAUUUACAUUUUGCCUCUCUGAGCGAGUGUUUAUUGAGGUCGUAUUAUGUGCUGACACUGCGCCUGACGCUGCUAGGGAUGCAAAGACCUUGCCUCCCCACUCCCAGCUCCGCCGGGGCCAUGUCGGAACGAGAAGAGCGGCGGUUUGUGGAGAUCCCCCGGGAGUCCGUCCGGCUCAUGGCAGAGAGCACGGGCCUGGAGCUGAGCGAUGAGGUGGCCGCGCUGCUCGCGGAGGAUGUGUGCUACCGUCUCAGAGAGGCCACCCAGAAUAGCUCUCAAUUCAUGAAACACACCAAACGACGGAAGCUGACCGUGGAAGAUUUCAACAGGGCCCUCCGAUGGAGCAGUGUGGAGGCUGUGUGUGGCUAUGGAUCCCAGGAGGUGCUGCCCCUGCGCCCCGCCAGGGAGGGCGAGCUCUACUUCCCCGAAGACCGAGAGGUGAACCUGGUGGAGCUGGCCCUGGCCACCAACAUCCCCAAAGGCUGUGCCGAGACGGCUGUGAGAGUCCACGUCUCCUACCUAGAUGGCAAAGGGAACCUGGCACCACAAGGAUCGGUACCCAGCGCCGUGUCUUCCCUGACCGAUGACCUCCUCAAGUACUACCAGCAAGUGACCCGGGCUGUACUGGGGGACGAUCCACAGCUGAUGAAGAUUGCUCUCCAGGACCUGCAGACCAACUCCAAGAUCGCAGCGCUCCUGCCUUACUUCGUUUAUGUGGUCAGUGGGGUAAAAUCUGUAAGCCACGAUUUGGAGCAGCUGCACCGGCUCUUGCAAGUGGCACGCAGCUUGGUUCGGAACCCGCACCUCUGCCUGGGGCCCUAUGUCCGCUCCCUGGUGGGCAGUGUCCUCUACUGCGUCCUGGAGCCGCUGGCUGCCUCCAUCAACCCCCUGAAUGACCACUGGACUCUGCGAGAUGGUGCUGCCCUCCUUCUCAGCCACAUCUUCUGGACGCACGGGGACCUUGUGAGUGGGCUGUAUCAGCAGAUCCUGCUCUCCCUUCAGAAGGUCCUGGCAGACCCGGUGCGGCCUCUCUGCUCUCACUACGGGGCUGUGGUGGGGCUGCAUGCCCUUGGCUGGAAGGCAGUAGAACGAGUCCUCUACCCACAUCUGUCCACUUACUGGACGAAUCUGCAGGCUGUGCUAGAUGACUAUUCAGUAUCUAAUGCCCAGGUUAAAGCAGAUGGGCACAAGGUCUAUGGAGCCAUUCUGGUGGCUGUAGAGCGACUGCUGAAGAUGAAGGCCCAGGCAGCAGACCCCAGCAAGAGGGGCCCCGGCGGCAGGGGGUGCCGGCGCUCGGACGACCUGCCGUGGGACAGCCUUCUCUUGCAGGAGUCUCCUUCCGGGGGCAGCGCGGAGCCGGGCUUUGGGUCUGGUCUCCCUUUGCCUCCUGGAGGCGCGGGGCCAGAGGAACCUUCCCCUUCAGUGACCCUGGCGGACAUCUACCGAGAGCUGUACGCUUUCUUCGGCGACAGCUUGGCCACCCGCUUUGGCACGGGUCAGCCCGCGCCCACGGCCCCCCGGCCGCCGGGGGACAAGAAGGAGCCGGCGGCGGCCCCAGACUCAGUGCGGAAGAUGCCGCAGCUGACGGCCAAUGCCAUGGUCAGCCCGCAGGGUGACGAGAGCCCCCGGGGCAGCGGCCCCCCGUCGGUCUCUGCGCCUGCCGCCUCUGACAACAGGCCGCUGCCGCGCGUGCACCGGGCGCGGGGGGCGCCCCGGCAGCAGGGCCCCGGCGCCGGCACCCGCGACGUCUUCCAGAAGAGUCGUUUCGCCCCGCGCGGUGCCCCCCACUUCCGCUUCAUCAUUGCCGGGCGGCAGGCCGGGAGGCGGUGCCGCGGGCGCCUCUUCCAGACGGCCUUCCCCGCGCCGUACGGGCCCAGCCCGGCCUCCCGCUACGUGCAGAAACUGCCCAUGAUCGGCCGCACCGGCCGCCCGGCCCGCCGCUGGGUGCUCUCGGACUACUCGCUGUAUCUGCCGCUUUGAGGCGGCGCGUCCCGGUCCCUGUAAAUAAAGCCCGCGCCCGGAAGUGA